AUGUUUAAUUUGCACUCCAUGUGCGUUUUCUCGGUUUUUUUUUCGGAGAAUGCAGGGAAAGAGCAAAAUGAGAGGAAAAAUGUGGUGAUGGUGAUUUAGAGUACUUUUUUUAAUUUUUUUAAAAAUCUGAAGAAAAUGGGUGGCUUCAGAAUGAAGGGCCUGGAGGAUGUCAAGGUCGAAAAAUCCGAUCGGAUUACUAAACAGAUUCAGGACAAGUGGAAGCUGGUGCCAGCUUUUCUCAAGGGCAAGGGCCUCGUCAAACAACAUAUUGAUUCGUUCAAUUACUUCAUCAAUGUGGAAAUCAAGAAGAUUGUCAUGGCUAAUCAAACUGUCCGUUGUGACAAUGAUUCGUUAUUCUACAUUAAGUACUUGAAUGUUUAUGUCACUUCUCCUGAUAUUGAAGAAGGUGCGGACAUGAGUCGACCAACAACUCCGCACGAGUGUCGUUUGAGGGAUUUGACAUAUUCAGCUCCAAUUAUUGUAGAUAUCGAGUAUUUGAGGGGACAGCAGCCGAUUAUAAAGAACAAUGUAGUGAUUGGAAGGAUGCCAAUAAUGUUGAGGAGUUCGAAUUGCGUGUUGGCAGGCAAGUCUCACUUUGAACUAGCGAAGAUGAAUGAGUGCCCCCAUGAUCCUGGCGGUUAUUUCGUAGUUAAUGGUCAGGAGAAGGUCAUUCUCAUCCAGGAGCAGAUGCUGAAAAAUAGAAUUAUUUUGGAGCAGGACUCCAAGGGGUGCAUUGUCGCUUCCUGCAACAGUUCAACUCACGAAAGAAAAACGAAGACAAAUGUCGUGGGCAAUCGUGGAAAGUACUACAUGAGACACAACAUAUUCCAGGACGAUAUUCCAGUUACAGUGAUUUUCAAGGCCAUGGGAAUAGUCUCGGAUCAGGAGAUAAUGCAGCUCAUUGGAACUGAGGAGGAGUAUAUGAAGAAGUUAGGAUCGAGCUUUGAGGAGUGUCAUACACUCGAGAUAUUCACUCAGCAGCAGGCCCUCAAGUAUUUGAACAACAAACGAAAGCAGAAGAGGUAUUUUGGACCUUCAGCGAAGGGGAAUGUUGCUGAUGAGAUGAAGGACAUAUUGGCUCAGAAUAUUCUCUCACACGUGCCAGUUAUGGAUUUCAAUUUCAAAAUGAAAGCAACGUAUCUGGCUCUGAUGAUCAGACGAGUGAUGAAGGCACAGUACGACGGGAAUUUGAUAGAUGAUCGUGAUUAUUACGGAAAUAAACGAUUGGAGUUGGCUGGCUCACUCUUAGCUCUCAUGUUCGAGGAUGCAUUCAAGAGAUACAACUUCGAGCUCAAGCAGAUUGCUGAUAAGAAUAUUCCCAAGACAAAGGCUGCGCAGUUCGAUGUUGUCAAGCACAUGACGAAGGAUACGAUUACACGAGGUCUCGCUUUCGCAAUAUCCUCUGGAAAUUGGACGAUCAAGAGAUUCAAGAUGGAGCGUCAUGGGGUGACCCAGGUGUUGUCCAGACUGUCGUACAUUUCAGCACUUGGAAUGAUGACGAGGGUUAAUUCACAGUUUGAGAAGACUCGUAAAGUCUCUGGUCCGAGGUCCCUUCAGCCCUCUCAAUGGGGAAUGAUGUGUCCCAGUGAUACACCUGAGGGGGAAGGCUGUGGUCUCAUCAAGAAUCUUGCUCUCAUGACUCAUGUUACCACUGAAGUGGAACAGGAGCCGAUCAUACGAUUAUGUUUCAACAUGGGGGUGGAAAAUGUGAAUAUACUAGGUGGUGAGGAGAUUAAUCACAAGGAUGUGUACAUGGUAUUUUUAAAUGGUAACAUUCUUGGUGUUGUUCACAACUAUGACCGUCUCGUCAAUGUCUUCAGGAUGCUGAGGAGAAGAGGCUUGAUCGAUGUAUUCGUAUCGAUAUACACUCAGCAUCAACACAAAUGCAUUCAGAUAAGUUCUGAUGGUGGCAGAUUGUGCAGGCCAUACAUAAUUGUCAAGAAUUCAGAGUCCCUCAUACAAGAAGAGCACAUGAAGAUUCUACAACAGGGAGUCAAGUCUUUCGAGGAUUUCAUCCAGGAAGGCCUGAUCGAGUAUCUCGAUGUCAACGAGGAGAACGAUAGUUUCAUCGCGUUCAAUGAGUCACAGAUAAAUCACAAAACCACUCAUUUAGAAAUUGAGCCAUUUACUCUCCUUGGAGUGUGUGCUGGUCUCGUGCCCUAUCCUCAUCACAAUCAGAGCCCAAGGAACACUUAUCAAUGUGCCAUGGGGAAGCAGGCCAUGGGUACGAUAGGCUAUAAUCAAAGGAACAGGAUUGACACUUUGAUGUACAAUCUGGUCUAUCCACAAGCUCCCAUGGUCAAGACUCGGACAAUCGAGCUGAUUAAUUUUGAUAAACUGCCAGCUGGACAGAAUGCUAUUGUCGCUGUCAUGUCGUACAGUGGAUACGAUAUCGAGGAUGCAUUGAUUCUGAAUAAAGCGUCUAUCGAUCGGGGCUAUGGCAGGUGCCUCGUGUACAGAAAUUCCAAAACAUCUUUAAAGAAAUACGCCAAUCAAACUUUCGACAAAAUCAUGGGACCUUUGAUCGAUAGUACCACCAAAAAACCCAUUUGGAAACACGAUAUCCUUGAUUCUGAUGGAAUCGCCAUGCCUGGAGAAAUGGUGGAGAACAGGAGAAUCAUGGUUAACAAGUCAUCCCCAACAAUCACCCAGCAGAAUCCAGUUAGUCAAGUUGUUGGACAGGGAUCGGUUGAAUAUCGAGAGGUGCCUGUUACUUACAAGGGGCCAGUUCCAUCGUACAUCGAGAAGGUCAUGAUAUCGUCGAACUACGCCGACGAUUCCUUUCUAAUUAAAUUAUUAUUAAGGCAAACCAGAAGACCUGAGAUUGGGGAUAAAUUCAGCAGUCGUCAUGGUCAGAAGGGAGUGACUGGUUUGAUCGUUGAACAAGAGGACAUGCCGUUCAAUGAUUCUGGAAUUUGUCCUGAUAUGAUCAUGAAUCCCCACGGAUUUCCCUCGAGAAUGACUGUGGGAAAACUUAUCGAGCUUCUCGCUGGCAAGGCUGGUCUCAUGAAAGGCCAAUUUCAUUAUGGUACAGCUUUUGGUGGCUCCAAGGUGACUGACGUCUGCGAGGAACUCGUUCGUCACGGCUACAAUUAUCUCGGCAAAGAUAUUUUCUAUUCUGGAACCACUGGAGAGCCCCUCCAGGCGUACAUCUACUCAGGCCCUAUCUAUUACCAGAAACUCAAGCACAUGGUACAGGACAAAAUGCAUGCCAGGGCGAGGGGCCCACGUGCUGUCCUGACCCGUCAGCCCACCGAGGGUAGAUCCAAAGAAGGUGGUCUUCGUCUCGGAGAAAUGGAGAGAGACUGUCUCAUCGGCUACGGUGCCAGUAUGAUGCUCGUUGAACGAUUGAUGAUAUCGAGUGAUGCCUUUGAUGUUGAUGUCUGUAAUAAAUGCGGGCUGAUGGCUUACAGUGGCUGGUGCCACAGUUGUCGAUCCAGUGGAUGUGUUUCCACCAUUACCAUGCCUUAUGCCUGUAAAUUAUUAUUCCAAGAACUACAGUCUAUGAACAUUGUGCCUAGAUUGACGUUGAAGAAUUAUUGUGAUUAAAACAAUUUAUUGUAAUGCCAAUAAUAAUUUACCGUUUUUGAAUA